GGGUUCUGCUAAAUUACAGUGUAGGAUGCAAAAUGGUGAUAACAACAUUGGGUUUUGAAGCAUUCAAAUUUGGUUGUUUGGCAAAUUUAUCGUAAUUGUACUGAAACAUAAGUAUUUCAAAACCGAAAACUAUUGUGCGUCAAAUAAUAUAUCUAUUAAAAACAAAGUGAUUUCGCGGCCAAAAUGUCAACUAGAUCUCAACUUACUAAAGACUUGAAUGUAUUAAAACAUUACUUGGAAGACAUACCAAAAUUCUGGUAAAAUAUAUGGUAAAAUUGGAAACUAAAAAUGAAAAAACAGAAAAUAGAGUAUUGGUUUUCACACCCGUUCGUAUGUAUCUGCUAACAGCAAAAGUACCAACAAGGAUUGAUUGCCAUUUUCAUUAUCUUGAUAUUCAAUCUAUUGAGAGCAAAAAACCAACUCAUUUUUCGAUAACAACGAAUGAAAAACAUUUCAGUUUUUGCACCAUAGGAGAUGCGGGUAGUUUUAGUUCGAAUGCGGAUGUGAUUUUAACGGACCUAUCAUCUGCUGUGAAACAGAUAUUUCCCACGGUACCAUUGAAGUAUAUUAUUCGAAAGAUCGAAGUAAAUCCUAUCGACCGGGCAACUAUAUUUUCGGAUGAAAUUCGACCGUCAGAUCCGCGUAACGUCGGACCAUGCGGAGGAUUCAGUAUGCAAUAUGCGUGCAUGUGCGAUUUUCAUGCCGUUCAAUAUAGGGAAGAAGUUGCUUGGGACAUCGAUACAAUUUAUCUAUCGCAUGACAAUCGUGUUUUAAAUUUGAGAGAUUUCGAUCAUCUAGAACAGAAAGACUUGACAGCAAUAAUAUCUGCACUAGAAUACAAUACAUUCUUUAGAGGUUUGAAAAUCACCAAUACGCGCCUGUCGAUGGAAACAUUGGAAAGGAUAUUGCAUGUUCUAAAACGUUCCAUGUGGCUAGAGGAGCUACACCUUGAGGCACUUGGUUUACGGUCGGAUUUCAUACACAAGCUCUCAGUAUCAGUUAUUUCAAAUUUAAAUCCAGCGCUGCGCUCAAUCGAUUUGAGUCAUAACAUGAUAGAAGAUAAAGGUGCUGCACAUUUUGCAGGUCCCAUCGCAAAAAUUUCGAAAGGUGUAUCAAAACUAUCACUAUCACACUGUGGGUUAACUUCUAAAGGUGUUAAUCAGAUAUCACAAUCGCUUCUAUUAAAUCAAAGUGUUUCCAAUUCACUGGUUUAUCUUGAUUUGAGUGGUAACAAUCUAAAAGAUGAUGUCAAUAACUUAUACAACUUUUUGGCGCAACCAAAUGUCAUAGAAUACCUAGACAUUUCCAAAACAGAUACAAUACUUGAAAGUUUAUUUGGUGCUUUACUACGCGGAUGCUCAACUCAUCUUUUACAUUUAAACGUGGCGCACAACUUUUUUAGCACAAAAAAAGGAAAAGAAAUCCCACCUUCGUUCAAACAAUUCUUUACUAGCAGCCUAAAUAUGAAACACCUUAACAUUUCCAAUUGCAAACUGCCGUUAGAAGCUCUAAAACAUCUUUUGUUGGGACUUGCUUGUAAUGAAUCAACCGCUGGUUUAUAUUUAGACCUGAGUAGUAACUCUUUGAGCUCACAAGGCGCACAUGUGCUAGAAUCAUGUAUUCAUGGUGUACGAGUUCUUUCCAGCUUAGAUAUAAGUGAUAAUAAUCUCGAUUUCGAGAUGGCUUCCGUACUCACUGCCAUAGGAAAGAAUCCAUCGAUAAAGGUGCUUUACAUGAGUAGAUGUUUCAAUGGAAUGAAAGUAAAACAUAUUUCUAGUGUUAUGGAAGCUCUAGUAAAUUUAAUACAAAAGGAUGAUUUCCAGUUGCAAGAGUUAGUUCUGUCAGAGAACAAAUUAAAAAAUGAUUUACACAAUUUUAUAAAUGCACUCGGAAGCAAUCAAAGCCUACAAGUUUUAGAUAUUACUGGAAACCUGAUGGGCGAUAUCGGUGCUCGCCUUUUAGCGAAGGCGCUCCAAAUAAAUAGUAGACUAAACAAAAUAUGCAUAGAUCGUAAUAGUAUAACAUUACAAGGAUACGCUGAUAUAGUCUAUGCUUUAGAGCAUAACUUUGCGAUGCGAAACAUUCCAUUUCCCGUGUUUGACAUUGCGCCAUGUUUAAAACAGCAUCCUGAACGAACGGACACUCUUAUGCGAAAAAUGCAAGAAUUGCUGUCUCGCAAUGGCAACGGAUCAAGGCGAGCCAACGGUCACGGAUUCAGAUUGCAACAUGGCUUUCUUAUGUCUGCUACGCAUCAAAUUUUGGACAAGUUGGUAACGGAAACCCAAGAAACAAUGUCGUUGCGUCAAGGAUGUGAAACCAAUUUGACGAGACUUUUGGGAGAUGCCGAAAAUUGUAAGCAACUACUCCCAAAGUUGCAAGAUGCUGUGCGAUGUGAUCCUCAUCAUAUAGAAGUGCGCUUGAGCAAACUAAAAGCCGAACUCCAUUCAGCUAUAAAACUUUAUCUUAAGGAAACAAUGGAAACCAUGUUACGAACGGGUAUUGAACAGUGUCCCAUAACAUUAGGCAACCAAAUGGUGAUAACAGAGCUCCGAAAAGGCUGUGAAGAAAAGUUUGUAAUUUCAGAGGAAUUCUUGCAGAACUGUUUAGUGAAUAAUGCAGGUGGUGAAAUCAUGAAUCGAAUCAGUGAGUUGGAACAGUCAAUGGCCAGUAUGAUAUCGGAUCGAGCUACUGAUGAAGUAUUAGAGGCACUAACUCGUUACAAAAAAGGACUUUGCUUAUCCGAUUCACCACACAGUUUUAUCGAAGAUCCCCAAACUCCAGACACAAAGAGAAGCCGUUCUAGUCAGGACUCCGAUAUAGGUGGCCAGUUUGAGAUGCGGGGCUUAGAUUUACCAAAGCUAGGAUUGGAUUCCCCGACAAAGCUGGAAUAUUUAAAUCUCGCUACACCACAGCUGCAAACAAAGCGCCGUUCUAUUGCGCGGAAAGUACGACCUCAAUCAAUCGUUGGACUGGGUAUUGAAAACCUGAGUCUAACUCAUAUACCAGAUAUGGUAGAGACGCCAUCUCCCGAGUGCCAUUCUAGUAGAAGUAAGCUAGAACCUACUGACGAACUAAAAGACGAAGAAUGCUGUGAUUCUAUAUCUGAAUUACCAAGUCAAUCAAUGACACUUCAACAUUUAGUGAAAGGCCGGCCAAAGCGAGCUAAGACGCGUGCACCGAAAAAAACAGCUGUGCAUGUUACUGAUCCAUCCACGGAUGUCAAUGAAGGCAUUGAAGCAUUCUUUAGACCUGCUUCUGCUACACCAUCAACGCUCACACCCCUUGUGUCACCAACUUCGGAGGAUUGUAGUUUACUUUCGUUUGCUGAUAGCCCUACGCUUAGUCGUGAUGAUGGUGGCCGAUUUAGUAACGUAACGUCUGAAGAAACAACCCCGAUUCUCGAGGAACGCAGAAUCAUAAAGUUAGAAAGGUCUUCCCCUGUAAUGAAAAAUGUCAAUUGGUCUUCAAGGUCUCGUUCAUCGGAUAAUUUAGAAAAAGUUUCUGCAUCGAUCAACAAAAAAUCACCUUUAAUUAAUAAUUAUACAGACAACGAAAAAAAGUUUCCAGACGCAUAUUCCUCUGCAAUACACGGUACAGAGUUUGACACAGACAAAUCACCAAGCAGUGAAUCCGUUAAGAGCCAACAUUCCGAGAUUCAGAGGCCAGCAAAUGGUGUAGUGAAGACUCCAGUUUCAGUACAGAAACCUCGUCCUUGGUCGGUGCUGGGACAUGAAUCGAAAAGUGAUUUUGUAACAAAUGAUUCAAUAACACCCGAUGAAGGCAACGAUGAGCUUGAUCUUGUAUUGAUAUCUGGACAAACCCCAGGUGGUUCUAUUGUUGGCAUAACUCCAGGAGCUAUUGGAGGAGGAAGCAUCGUUGGGAUUACACCAGGUGCAGUAAUGGAGAAAAAAUCGGUCAGAGAUAUGGCGGCUAAUCUUAACAAACUUGGAGAUAAGAUAUGUUUUUUGAAUAAACCGCCAGUUGCAGCUCCGAGAUUGAUUGGAAAAUAUAAUCCAAAACACAAUUCAACACCAAACGAGGCAGAUAUAAGAGAAAGUUUUACAGAUAAGAGUAACAAGGCUGAUACAACAACGGAUACGAUCAACCAACGAUAGUAUUUAAUAUUGAACAUAAUUUUAAGCAUGUUAUGUAUUAUUGUUUAUUAGUUCGAUAUGUAUAUAUAUCAGUAUUUUUAUUUCAACCAUCGAA